UCUUCCUGGAUUUCUUUUGUACACUUUUUAAAUACCUGGAGCAAUCUGCACUGGCAAACCCUGCUCAAGCAUCUUGGCUGUAUUUCUUCUGCUGACCAUGUACCAGUUGCUGACAGUAAUGCUGUAUGCUACUCUGGAGGCCCUUGCUGGGCGCACAGCUUUAGCUGUCAUUCAGGUACCCCAUCACACAAACCAGAGUUGGGGGUUGCCCAGCUUGCUGGCCCACCUGAAGCGCUUGACAUCAUCAAAUACCAACGCAACCAUGAGUGCAAGCAGGGUCCGGCCCUCUGAGACGUGCCAAGGCUAUUACGAUGUCAUGGGGCAGUAUGAUGCUGCAUUCAACUGUACUACGGGGGGAUACCGGUUCUGCUGCGGCACAUGCCAGUACCGGUUCUGCUGUGAUGACCGAUCCAGGAGGUUGGAGCAAGGGAAGUGUCGGGAUAGCCCUCAGUGGUUUGCCACUACUGUUGCUGGCACAGCCACAAAUGGACCCGAUUCAUCAAAUGGGAGCAAGCAACAGGGCAACAGCACCGUGUACGUCAUCUGUGGUGUCAUUAGCUUCACUUUAGCAGUGGGAGUUGGGCUCAAAUUCUUCUUCAGCAAAGCUUCAAGGAGACCACAUGGAAGAGAACUCAAUGUGCCCAGGGCUCUGGUUGACAUUCUCAGACAUCAAGCAGGCACCACUUCAUGCUCUGAACGCAACAACAGCCUUGUGAUUAACUCAAACUUCCAAGACAAUGGUUCAGCCCGUCCUCCAAAGAACCUGUAUAACCCGGUGAAACCUUCCAAGAGCAGCCAUGAUAACAUGCAUCACAAUUACAUCCAUUUGAAUGUCAACAGCCCUAAGCACCACACGGCCACUCUGGACUGGCAUAUGAACCACACGCCCAGCCACUCCAGCACGAAGUACAACACUCUCAGCUGCUCUCGCUCCUUCCACAACCUCUCCCAUCUGCCCCCAUCCUACGAGACGGCUGUCAAGUCAGAACUCAACCGCUAUUCCUCUCUCAAACGCCUGGCAGCUGAGAAGGACUUGGAUGAAUUCUAUGCCAAGAGGCGGCAUCUUGCCGAAUUGACACGAGGGACCCUGCCCUUACAUGCAAUGAAGAUGAACUACGACAGGGAUGACUACUCAGAAAAGUCACACAAUCCACGGCGUGUCAUGUCACAGGAACACAUUCUUUCAGAUGGUGGCAGUGGAGGGGGAACGUACCGUCCCUCACACUAUGACUAUACUAUUCCACGAGAGCGUGUCAUAUCUCACGAGCGCCUCCUCUCCCGUGAAAACUUGCAUUCUCAAGAGCGCUUGCUAUCACCUGAACGUCUCCAUCAGCGCACAGGGCCCUUCCAGGAGAUGCAUUUAGGCCACCAGAAGGCUCUCUCUCAAACCAAUGUGUGUGCCAGCAGUACCCCCAUGCUUGAGCACCAUCACAUGAUAAUGAAGAACUCUCACCCCACCUCCAAUAAUUCUCCCAAGACAACUGCUCCUUGGGAAGCCAGUACUAGUCAGGCUGCCACACGGCGCCAAGGCUUUGCAGCCAAGAGGCAAAGCACCAUUGAUCAAGUCCAGUUCCUCCCUGGGCUUCACCCAACCCAACACCUCCCUACUGGAAGUAAGAAUGAGGUCACUGUGUGAGAUGUCCCUGUUCCCCAACUCAGGUUGAUUUGACUUUCCAAGGCCAUAUUUCUCUCUUUUGAGCUCCAUCCCACCUAUUCUUUGGUGCUCACCAUUU